AUGUUUCUGCAUUAUUUACCGCCAGAACUAAUUCUACUAUUAGCGACCUUCUUAACAACACAAAGAGAUAUCAACUCAUUAUCUCAAACAAACAGAUACCUCUAUUCUCUCCUAAACCCAUACCUCUACAAAAUAGACGCUCAAGAAUCAAAUACUGCUCUGUUCUGGGGCUCUCAGCAUGGCAACGAGGAGACAUUCCGAAAAUGUCUCCAAGCAGGAGCCAACGUUCAAGCAACAGACCGAGGCAGGACCCCAUUAUCCCUAGCCACAGAGCACGGGCACGAAGCGAUAGUAAAGCUCUUACUAGAGACAGAAGGACUAAAUCCCGACUGGCGAAGAUUUGAUGAUCGGACCCCCUUAUCUUUUGCUGCAGAGCGCGGCCACGCAGAAGUAGUCAAGAUAUUACUUUCCACAGGCCGGGUAGAUGUGAACUCGAAGGACGGGGACCUCUUCACACCAUUAUUCUGGGCUGCAAAUUCAGGAACUGAAGCCGUGGUGAAAGUAUUACUUGAAUUCGGUCGAGCGGACGUCGAUUCAAGAGAUUACUGCCGGGAUACACCUUUAUCCUGGGCUGUUUAUAAAGGCCACGAAACAAUUGUGAAGAUGAUGCUUGAGAUGGGGGAGGCAGAUAUGAAUGCAGAGACCUUUGACGGAUGGCUUGGUCUGCGCUCGGCAGCACGCGCGGGAUAUAAGACUGUCAAAGAGCGAUUAUCUCAGAUUGGGCUGGGAGAUGUGAGCGUGAGCCUGGGCGAUUCCGAGGAAUGGACGUCAAAUUCUCUCUCCAUUCUCGAAAAUUGCCAAGUAUUUCCGAAAUUACUUCUUGAGAAACCGCAAGACCAACUUGAAACCCAAAUGAACACAGAUUCAAGGGAAAGAUCUCUAUUUACAGCUGCGAGAUAUGGUCGUGGAGCAGUGGUGAGAUUGUUACUGGAGACGGGGCAGAUGGGCGUGGAUCCGAAGGACUCUUCACGUUUUAUACCACUAGCUCAGGCUGAGAGGUACGGAUAUGGAGCGGUGUUGACUUUGUUACUUGGGAUCUAUCUACGAAGGACGUAUGUACUUCCAAAAGUGGUGGAGUCAAAUCACGCUUUCGGAUCUAUCGGUUAG